GUCUUGUCUGGUCUUGUCUCCUAUGUAGCCAGUCCCAGUCCCAGUCCCAGUACUAGUUAACCAGUACCCCAUCUGCGCCCGUUGACUCACUCACAGUCAAAAACCUGCUCUUUUCUUUUCUUUUCUUUUCUUUCGCCGUCCCUCCCAGUCACUCAUCGUCUGUUACUGCCGCUGAUGCUGCUGAUGCUGAUGCGGCGAGCUUGUCCAUGUCCAGAAAGCUGCCACGUCUCGCGCCUUCUGGUUCGCAUCAGCCAUCAGCCACAGUGUUCUCGCUCUGGGCCCUGCCGGGUUGUGGUUGGGUUGCGUAUGGAUGGGUGGUGGAUCGUCUGCAGGAACCGCCUGCAUGCAGAAGGUGGCUCGGGGAAUUAUUAAGUAAGUAAGAAAGAAGUAACCAAGUCUGUAUGUACGGAGAUGAUUAUUUUCCGGAGGCGCAAGGGAUGUAAGAUGUAUCUACCGUAGCGUAUGUACAAUACACUGUACUGUGCGUACAGACCUGCGCAAGUAAGAAAGAAAGGAAAGAAGAAAAAAGGUACUCUAGAUAAGGACACUGUGGCUUGCGCGUGUGGGCUUGUGUUGCCUUCGCCCGUGUGGCCACUUGUGGGGAGAGUACCUACCUCAUACCUAUGUGGCGGAGUGCCACGCAAGGGCACUGUCCUAUCCUAUCCAGUCCUGUCGUGUCCGGAAGCUGUCGGCUUUCGUCUGAGCCUGCUCCUGCUCUUGGGGGGACCGCGAGGACAUUGUGAUUUCUGGCUUCUCGUACGUGGCCGGCGGCGGGCGGCCGCGCGAGCGCACCAGAUGGAAGAACGAGGAGCAGGAGGAGGAGGAGCAAAGAGUUGUACUUGCCGGAUUCUCUUGCGGGGUGCGGCUGCGGGUGCGGGUAAGUGUGUGGGUGCGGGUGCCAGUCUGCCAGUGCGGGUAUGCGGUGCAAUACGGUACGGGGGGUGCUUAUGCCCUAUCCCUGAGUGUGCGGGUGUGCGGGUGCGAGCUGUGGACAUGCGAGUGAAGGAACAGAUGGAACAGGUUGCGCAUCGAGGAACUGGUGGUGGUUGCGGUUGUAGUAAAAGUGAUAAUACUGAUGUUGUUGUUGUUUCGCUGGCGGAUAAGCGACAAGCUUGUUUCCCGCGUCACGGUCGGCUCGGUUUGGGUUGGGCUGGGUUUCGCUUCGGUUCCGGUUUGCUGGAGUAGUUUG